GGCUUUAACACUUCACUUGCCCUCACUUUAUAGUGCUGACGUUGCUCUUGCUGCGAACUCUGGUGUUCUUGCUUCAAUUGUCCAGCACUUCUAUUGCAUUACAUUCAGCUUCGUUGCUCGAGUGUCUUUUAUACCUAGUUUUACUUGCACUACGCGCUUGCUCGCUUUUGCUCACAGGCAACCGCCACAAUGGUUGGCCAGAAACAGCCCGUCUACGUCCUCGGCGUGGGCAUGACCAAGUUCAUCAAGCCCCGAGGCAAGGUCGACUACCCCGAGCUCGGCUUCGAGGCUGGUGUCAAGGCCAUGCUCGAUGCCCACAUCAACUACGACGACGUUGACCAGGGCGUCGCAUGCUACUGCUACGGCGACUCGACAUGCGGCCAGCGCGUCUUCUACCAGUUCGGCAUGACCGGCAUCCCAGUCUACAACGUCAACAACAACUGCUCCACGGGCUCCACUGGUCUGUACAUGGGCAGGAACAUGGUCGCACACGGCGCUGCGGACUGCGUGCUGGUUGUUGGAUUCGAGAAGAUGUUCCCCGGAUCGCUCCAGUCAUUCUUCCAGGACCGCACGAACCCUACCGCGACGACCAAUUUGAUCAUGAAGGAGACGAGGGGAAUUACUAAGGCGCCUGGUGCCGCCCAGUUGUUCGGUAACGCAGGCCGUGAGCACAUGGAGAAAUAUGGCUCCGAACUCAAAGACUUCGCAGAAAUCGCCCGCAUCAACCACGCCCACUCCAAGAACAACCCCUACUCGCAAUUCCAAGAUGAAUACACCCUCGACCAAGUCAUGAAAUCCCCCAUGAUCCACGAGCCCCUGACAAAACUCCAAUGCUGCCCGACCUCCGACGGCGCUGCCGCCACAGUCCUCUGUUCGCAAGCCUUCCUCGACGCGCGCCCAGAGCUCAAAGACCAAGCCAUCCUGAUCGCGGGCCAGCGGCUCGCGACCGACAUCCCGCAACUGUUCAACCGCAGCGCGAUUGACUUGAUCGGGUACGGCAUGAGCGAGCUCGCAGCAAAGGAAGCGCUGGCUGAGGCCAGCACGUCGCCCGACGAGGUCAAGGUGUGCGAGCUGCACGACUGCUUCAGCGCAAACGAAAUGGUCACCAUCGAAGCCCUCGGUCUCGCGCCCAAGGGCAAAGCCCAUGAACUCAUCCGCCGCGGGGGCAUCACCUACGGCGGCCAAGUCGUCAUCAACCCCUCCGGCGGCCUGAUUUCCAAGGGCCACCCGCUCGGCGCCACCGGCCUGGCACAGUGCGCAGAGCUCGUCUGGCAUCUGCGCGGGUGGGCGAACAACCGCAGUGUCAAGGACACCAAAGUUGCGCUGCAGCACAACCUCGGCUUGGGCGGUGCCGUGGUGUGCACGGUGUACAAGAGGGCUGAUGGGAGUGCGGCGCAGGAUCUGAGCGAUGAGCGGGUGGGGAAGAUUACGGGGCUGGGGUAUAACCCGGCGACGCAGGCGAAGGGGUGGACGAAGGCGCAGGUUGAUAGUGUGAGGAGUAAGAAGGCGCGGAGCGAGUGGGCGUUGCAGGAUGUGAAGGAGAAGGUUGAGGCGAGGUUCUAGAUGGCCACUCGUUAGCGGUUGGGCUGUAGUUCGAUGAAGUAACAUGUUGUCGAGGUUGGAAGUCAUCCUACUCACAGAGUUGAUUCUUUUGGGGCGUAUCCGUUGUGCGAGUGCUCACAUUAUCUGUGUAUGCAAUGACCCAAUACGUUUUGGUGGGCAAGGAUGAUUUUGGUGGGCAAGGAUGAAGGUGUGGAAUA